CUCCUUUGGAACCAGCAGAAUUUUUCCAACAAUUCUGAUCAAGUGAUUUUGUUUAGUCCAUUCAUAAUGCAUGGUUUUCAAUUUGGUAUAAAGCUGGGCUUGGCCCCCGUUGCGGUCAGGCCGAUGAGCGGAUUGAUUUACUCGCUGUAUUGGUAAAUAUAAUCACGUGAGUCCCGCAACCAAUAGCUGCAACUGUAGUCGGCAAAAUACUAUGAUUGUUCUGUGUGAAGGUAUCAGAUACACUUUCCAGUGUAACCUUUUCUAUGAAAGCGAGAGAGCCUAAAAUGUCGACCGGUGGCACUAUACACAAUUAUUAUGUUGAUUCUUUCAUAGGUCAAGAGACAGAGGACUUAUAUGCGGCUAGGUAUUCCCAAGGAUCACACGGCACAGCUUCAAGGCCAUCAGGUGUUGCAGACACUUCAGAUUUCUCUUCCUGCAGUUUUACCCCCAAGUCAACCGCGUUUUCAAAUCCCUGGUCUCCCGUUCACCCUCAAUCCUCUGCCGCCGUUGCAGGAAUCUAUCAUCCUUACAUGCAUCAAUCGCAUCUUGCGGCUGGAGACAGCAGAUACGUGCGCUCGUGGUUAGAACCGAUUUCCAGUUCAGUCUCUUUCCCCGGAUUCCAUCCUAAUGGCCGGCAUUACGGGAUCAAGCCAGAAACUUUAUCAACCAAGAGGACUGAGUGCUCUUCCUAUGAGCUGCAAACUCUCAGUCUGCCCGACUUCACUUGCGGCUCUUACCCAGAGUGCAGGGAGAAGCUUCCCAAGGAGCUUGGUUGCACCAGCUCCGAGACCACGAGCAACAGUGAGCAUAAGGAGGAGAAACAACAGCAACUUGACCCAAACCAUCCCGCAAUAAAUUGGAUCCACGCGCGCUCUACCAGGAAGAAGCGUUGCCCUUACACCAAAUACCAGACGCUUGAAUUAGAAAAAGAGUUUUUAUUUAAUAUGUAUCUCACCAGAGACAGGCGUUAUGAAGUUGCUAGAAUUUUAAAUCUUACUGAGCGGCAAGUAAAGAUUUGGUUUCAAAACAGAAGGAUGAAAAUGAAAAAGAUGAACAAGGUGAAAAAUAAUGAAGAACCUUGAACGAACAGUUGUUUCUUAACCAUAGGUCAGAAAACCUUACAGACGGUGUAUAAAGCGUUUUGUCUAUCUAGUGGUGCCUAAUCGAAGCACGGUUUAUGUUUCUCAGUGUUGUACUGCUCCAGAGCAACCUCGUGUUUAAACAAAUGACGUUCACCCAGAGACUGUUCCUGACUUGCUGCUAUUGGGAUACAUUAAAACGGAACUUAAACUGAAGUCAGCACGUUGCCUGUAUUAUUUCAAAACUUUGACAUUAUUAUAACAUACUUGUUUCAAAUAAAAAUAAAACAUGGAAAGUUGAAGAUUUCCGUUGGUUGUGCUACUUGUAAAAUGCUGUAUUUUCGCUGUACAGUUAGUGUACCAUUUCGGUAUAAGUAUAAAGAAAUGCAAAUCCUUUGCCUUUCUAUUCCAUUUUUUAAUUCGAUUAUUCGGUGAAAUGUAAUACAAGUGUCACUGGCUGAACAUCAUUCGGUUAUUUUCAAGUGCAAUGACAUUAUCACUGUGUUGAUAAAGAGUCGAGCCGACGUACUAUUUAUUUAAAAUAUUUCAAGUGAAAUUAGCAGACCCAUCAUGGUCGUUAUGGGAGGCACAUUUUUCGAAUAACCUUAAAGUGUCAUUAAACUAUAGGCACGUUGACUAAGGAACACAAAUCAAUUAAAAGCUAUUUAAACGUUGCUACUUUUUUUUCAAAAAGCAUGGACAUCUUUCUGUGCGUUUGGGACAAUCUGAAGCAAGCUUAUUUUAGUAACAAGUGAACAUGAUCUGCUUUAAUUUUGUGUUUAUUGCGUCAACUUCAAUAAAGAUGUUCUUUCUUGGACAAAAUACAAUGGAAUUAAUGUAAUAAAGAUGUACAAAUAUAAUAAGACAGUAGCUUUUCGCUUACUCCCUGAUCCUUUGCAGUAUUCACUCGAUACAAUAGAUGUGACAAUAGAUCUGAUGCUGUACUGCAAGUAUCAAAAGACUAAGCAGAAAGUUCUAACCAUGUCCACUGGUUUGUAUCUCACGAUAACAAUAAAAAAUUAUAAACAUCUCAA